AUGCCGACGGCGAGAAUUCAUUCUGUGCUUUGGCUCGCCUUCGGGCUUGGUGCGCUUGGCCAGCGGUUUACCGAUGGCACAGGCUACGAUAUAGACCUCCCCGGGGUGUCUGGCAGCUGCAAAGAGGUCAUCAAUUCCACCAUUGCCUGCGAUAGGUUUCUUGCCAGCGCUUUGGAUCGGGGCACCCCGCCAUCAGCCGACAGGCUAGACAAGGUGUGCGACCAGGACUGUGUCAAGUCACUGAAGGACUAUCGUGAGAAGGUGAAGAAAGCAUGUACCGGAAAGUUUGAUAUCAUUGUGGCGGAUGAUAUCGCAUACAACGCUACUUAUACCGCGGAUGAGCUGCUGUACAGCUACAAUACGGAUGCCUACUGCUGGAUUGAGCUUGCCAGGAUCAAUGAUACACUUACCCCCGAGGAGGAAUGCUCUGAUUGCCUGCUUGGGAGAUACCAGAUCGAUCUGAACUCUCCAUUCGGGUAUACUAAGAAGCUGGCGAAAGGGUUCUCCUCCCUGGUGUCCAGCUGCUCGGCUACUGGCUACCCUGUGACUUCGCCCACCCCCAUUGCGCUGAAUGGCACAGAUGCCCCAACCCCGACUCCUGUCUCCUGUAGCCAGUCCGGAAAGUACACCAUAAAAGACAGCGACGACUGCAAGUCCAUCAGUGUUGCGCAUAAUGUGUCCACAUGGGCCUUGUUGCACCACAAUGGACUUCAGGCGUACUGCCAAAACUUCCCGGGAAAGGGAACAUCCUUGUGUCUUCCCAAACAGUGUGAUAUCUACACGCUCAAAGAAAAUGAUACGUGCGAUGGCAUUGUGGACUCCUACCCUGGCGACAUCUCCGUGACUCAGCUCAGGUCCUGGAAUCCGUUUAUCAACAAGAUGUGUGGCAACUUGUUCCAGUGGACUGGGUAUCAAAUCUGCGUGAGCCCUCCUGGUAGCGACCUCGACCCAGUGCCCAGCCCAACCCCAAGUCCCACCAAGUGCGAAGGGUUGUGGCAGCCAACCAGCUGUGAAAUGCCCCCGCCAACGGACAUAAUCUGGCCCGAUGAUCCAGGCGUUAUCGGCCAGCCUCUGGCAAAGGGAACCUGGUCUAACUGCACCGCGUACACGACGUACCUCAACUCAUCGGCACCAGAAUACGAUAACACAUAUCGAAACGUCGCGCGUUUCUACGAGGUGUCUGUUGCAAACCUGCAGAAAUGGAAUCCAUCGCUAGGCAAGAACUCUACAGACUGCCAGAUCAAGAAAGGAUACCGGUACUGUGCUGUCUAUGAUGUAGAGCGUGCGCCGGCGCCCACCACCACCACGUCCAGUACGCCCAAACCAACCGGGUCACCGAGCACGAGUCCAUCGGAUUCCCCAUCGCCCACUUCUACGAGCACGACGACGACGAAAACAACGACAUCCACAACAACAAGCCCGACAACGGACCCAACGCCGUCUCCAGUUCAAGACGGCAUCACCAAGAGCUGCAACAAGUUUUACAAGGUGGAGAAGGAUGAUGAUUGCUACGGCAUUGCCAAGGACAAGAAGAUCAGCGAGGAGGACUUUUACAAAUGGAACCCGGCUGUGAAGGACGACUGCUCCAUGUUGUUGUAUGGGUUUUAUGUAUGUGUUGGGGUUUCCAAGUAG